CAUUGAUUAAAAGUUCAAUCUGUAAUCGUCAAACUGCAAACAUAAAUUUUUGUCCAUAUUCUAGGUACCUACCGAUAGUGUUAAAAACAAUUUAACAUCCCUUUUCAAACGGCGCAACAAUUUCAACCAUAGAAAAUAAAAGUGAAAAGAUGGAGGUGGAUUUGUACGCUACCGAUUGGGCACACUCGGCUGAAAGUGGCCGGUUGCCUCUUAUUGAGGAGACAUCGACUCUGGGAACCCAGGCACCGAAAGACAAAUUGAUAUCAGUACUAGACCAAGUGGAGCUGAGGGUUGAACGGUUGAGAAGAGACACUACUAGAAUUGAAGAGGAAAAAGAUUCUUUGCUGUCUACUUUGGAUAGUAUUAAACAUUCAGAACUCCUCUCAGAUAUAACUGAAUGUGAUAAAGAUGACAUUACCAGGUAUGCAGAUCGUAUUGUAGCUCGUGCAAUGACAAUCGAGGUAGCUGUGAGAACUGACAGAGAUCCGCAACAAGAAGAAGCAUUGCAUCAGGUAAACAUGUACAUCGAUAAAUUAGUGAUGUCCGUUCACGACGACACAGUCUUGGCCCACACCCGCUGUCAGGCGUACAUGAACGCUUGCACUUCCCAGCCCGAUCCUAGCUCCGGAACGGACAAGAACUUCGAGACCGCCAUCCUCGGCUGCACCCUCGACGACCAGAAGAGAGUAAAGAAACGCCUCGAGGGCCUUCUAGAUUACUUUGCGAAACUCAACAUCACCACCUUCUCGUGAGCGAGGUCCAAGCAGACUGAGCGUUUACUGCCGAAGGCGCUUCUACCUCAUAUCGGCCAUGACUUAACUAGAAGUAGAGGUAUGAAACCCGUCUCUUAUCUGGUCGGUAUUGUGAAUUAGAACGCUCCUUUUGAUGAAUGUGUCUAUGAUGCUUAAUCAUUUUAGUCUCAAAAUCUGAAGCAAUUUAAUUUAGUUUUAUAUAAUUAUUAUAUUUCGUGAUAACAGAAUUGCAAUCUCCAUAUAACCAUAAAAUCCUACUAGUAGACACAUUCAUCAUAAAUCUUUCCUAACGACUAAAAGCUAAGUGGCUAAAUUACCAUUUUAUGCGUAUUAUUUAUUCAAGAUCAAUUUGUUAUUUCCCUUCGUGUGUUUGGUAUUCGUCUGAAUAUGUAUCUUGACAUCAGUAUUAUAUAUGUCAUCAAUAUCUAUUCUGUGGCACAGAGAAACAUUAAACUGUGCAGGUAAAUGUCUGAAGAACGAGGUCUAAUGUCGCUCGACCCAUUGAUUAGGUGCUCUCCGGUGUUAAAACUUUAUGUAAACAUAUUUAUUUUUGUCGCCGAAAAAAAUUACUUUCUGUCUUAUUUAAAUUCUCAUAAAAUGGGAAUUUUUCAUGUAAUUAAAUUAGUUCGUUCUUGAACUGACGAUAUAAAAGGAUUGACGGAGUGAGACUGCCUGUAGUGGUUGUAUAAAAUACAAUGUGGUAGAUAGGAAUUUAUUAUUUUAAUCUAUAUUAAAAUUGUGUAAAAACGCUGAUUGUGACCAUCAAAGGUUAAGAAGGGUUUAUUGAUGUUUCAAUGUUUAUCGUUUUUAAGUCCAUUAAAAUAUUUUAUUAAAUGUGUAGUUUAAAGCGAGAUACUUACCUUAGAUAUCUGGAAUUAUAUUUAGGUCAUCAACUUAUUAAAAUAUAUACAAAGUGUAUAUUCCUAAUUUACUAAAAACGAGUCGAUUUCGCGUCGUAUUUUUCAAGCUUUUGUGAAAUUGUAUGUAGAUUUCGAUUAUUAGUUUUUGUUAUAUUUUAUACUAAUAGUAAAGUAUGUUCAUAAUAUUUCGUAUAUGGAACAUG